CAGGUACUAUCAAUAACCACGAUGAGAUUCCUUGCCAUCCUGCUCUUUGUGGCAUGUGUGCUAGCGUACACGUCUUCCCCAAAUCUCGGCCAGGUGAAUGACAAAAACUUCAAGGAUGAAGUGGUCGACUCUGGCAAGUAUGUGUUUGUCGACUUCUAUGCCGACUGGUGCCGUCAUUGCAAACAGUUGAUGCCCGUGAUUGAGCAGCUCGCCGACAUAUUCGAACCAUACAAUGACGUGCUCAAGAUUGUAAAGAUCAAUGGUGAUAAGGAUGGUCGUAAAAUGGCCAAGAAGCAUGCCUAUCAAGGUUACCCCACCAUGAAGCUUUUCCAUGGUGCCGACGAACCCAUCGAGUAUGAUGGAGGCAGAGACGUCGAGUCGAUUAGCAAUUUCCUCCAACAGAUCACAAAGAUCAGGUUGCCUGGCGGCGAGAUCAAGGACAAGGAAGAAAUUAUCAAGGUGUCAGAGCAGCUCGACAAAUCAAAUAUUGCCAAGUUAAAUGACUUCAGCUUCGAGAAGGAGGUUUUGGAAGCAAAUCAUAAGACUGUGGUGGUGUUCUCUGCUACGUGGUGUCCUAACUGUGAAAAUUUGAAGCCCACGUUGGCAGAAUUGGCCGAUACUAUUUAUUUCAACGAUAGAGACGUUGUUCGGUUUGGAAAGGUAGAGCUUGAUACAGAACCCGCCGAAAAGAUCGCAGACAGAUAUGGAAUCAAUGCAUUGCCUAGUAUUCUUUUCUUUGAUCCAGCCGGGGAAAAGCCAUUGUGGUUCGAAGGUGAUAGAAAUUUGGGAGCAUUGAUCGAGCAAAUCAACAAGUAUACUGGUUUGCAUAGAACCGUCGAAGGAAGGCUUUUAAAGACCGCAGGAAGAGUCGAUGACCUUGACUUGCUCAUUAAGGAAAAGCUACUUGCAAAUGGUGUCGACAAGACCAUCGUAGGGGUAGAGCUUUUGGCCCAGCUUCAAAAAUUCGAAAGCGUCUCAGAUUCGUCACUGAUCAAUUACUACAAGAAGUUGAUCAACAAGGUGAUCAACGGGGAAGACCACUUUUUCCAAAAGGAAUUAGACAGAUUAAGUAAGAUUUUGGCCAAUGAUAUUGACAAAUUGCAAUCAACAACCAUUGAUUCCAUGGAGAAGAGAUCCAAUAUUCUCAAAGUGUUCUUGUGAGGGUUAAGGCUGAAAAAUCUUGUAUAAAUUAAAUGUGAAUGAGUUGUUCCGUGAAAUUGUAGAAGAGGACUGCCAUGCUUCAGUUUGAAAUAAAGUUAAGUAAAUAGAGAACUUUUGUUAGAGAGAAAUUUCCUAGAAACUGCC